CCACUCUUAAUUCUCCACCCGUAUUGUCUGACCGCGCAGGACCAAAUCUGCUCAUCGACAGCCUGUGCUCUAUUUAACACCCAUUCCCGACCGCCGCUACAUCCAUCAAGCCUACUUCACCGCCCAUCCAUGGCUUCCAUUCCCGCCAAAAUACCCACUUUCCUCCUCUCUCUCCUUCUCCUCUUCCCUCACCGCUCGAUUGCCGACCACCAAUCCCCGGAGCUCUCCCCAGCGCCGGCUCCCUUUCCCGGCGACCUAGCAUCAGGCCCCUUCAAAGCCCUCUCCCUCCCAUCCCCGCCAUCCUCCUCUUCUCCCUUAUCAGAUCCGUCGCCAGAUCUAGCUCCGCAUUACUCUCCGUCUUCACCUUUCUCGGCAUCUUUCCCCACUCCCGCGGCGGAGCCGGAUUCAUCUACCUUUUCGACGCCUCCAUUCGAUCUGAUCGACGGGGAAGAUCAAAGCGACUUGCAGUCUAGGGCUUCCGAGAACGAGUACAGCUCCGGAGAUGGUAGCGGAGGGAUGACCGGCGGGAAGAAGGCUUCUGUUGUGAUCGCGUCGGUGGCGGGAGUGGCGGUGGUGGGGAUGGGAGCUUUGGUUUACAAGAAGAGAAGGGAUAACAUUCGCCGGGCCAGGUAUGGAUAUGCCACAAGGAGGGAUUUGCUGUGAGGUUAAUUCAUCUCUGUUUCAUUUGAUGGGUAGAGGCUGUUGGCAUUGAACUGGAUCUCUAGAUCUGAUUGAUUGAUUGAAUCGCGAUAGUUGAAUUCUUUGCUUUCUUCAAUAUGUAUUCAUUAGUGGUUCCAGAGUUCCAGAUAUUGCAGAACAUGGAUCGUGUGAUUCUUUGUUUGAUGA